AAUAUGUUGCAUCAAUGUUUCAUAUCAGUUGUAUUUGAACCAAAUUAAAAUUAGGGGCAGUGGGUUACGUUUAUUGUAGUUGUUUGUCCCGUGAUCAUUCUAGAAGAUUUAGUAUUGUAAAAUUUUAAUAAAUUGCAACUUUGUUAGGAAUUGUGAAUCAAAUACAAUUGUUCUAUGUUGGAGAAUAAGUUAUGCAUAAAAGGAUAAGGGGGAGUUCUCCUUAAAUUGCACCGUUAUCUUUUGAUACAAAACUCUACUCGAGCUAAGUUACAUUCCUUACACAAGAACGAUGCAAAUAGGAACCGGUCAUGGAUAGUUGAAUAUUACAUCCAAAAUCUCUUGGAAAGAACUAAUCAGGAGUGAGUUGUUUCCACUCUAAACAUUUGCUAUAGGGUCACCUGGUAAUUGCUCCUAGAAAUAUUCAUCACAUAAGAGAAUUUUCAUGCCAAAUGCUCCUAGUACUAGGAUUUUUCGGUUCAAAUGUCCAUCCCAAGUGAGAGGGUUCAUGCUGUUUGUUUUUUGUCUUUCUUUAACUUUUUUUCCUGGCCUGCACGUGAAAUCAUGAAACAUUCAAACAUGGAGAAGCAAGCAAGCAUGCAAAUGCGAGUUUGGACGAGAACUAAAAGCCUUUUGUGCCACUGAAAUCAUGGAAAAUAUCAAACGAGACAGCCAUUCAGCUGUCAAGUAACUCAAUUCCCACACACAACCAAGUUCCACAAUAAUAUCUCGCCAAGAUAUUCCUCUGCCCCAUCAAUUUUAUUUCAAUCGAUUCUAGUGUUUGUGGUCCUAGUUUAUUAUUUUCCUUUCACGUCUCUAGUUCGUCUCUGUACAAAUUCUUUACAGUCAGUCUACCACACCUGUCAACUACUCCAUGGGAUGUUUGUCAUGUGGAUGUGGAUGAAGAACCCAAUUAGCAUCUGAUCUUUCUCUUCUCCAUGUGAAGACAAUAACACUUGAUCAGAAGAAGACUUUCCAAAUUCCCAUUUGAAAAUUAAACAGGGCAAUCUCUCUGUUAUGUUUCAGCAGCUUCCCUGUUUCUCACUUGAUCAUCAUCCUCCUCUCCUUAUUUACCUUCUUAUCUUUCUCUUCUCUUGCUAUUAUCAAGAACCCAGUUUGCAGCAAACACCUUUGCAAAACCAUAACCAUGAAGAAACUUGUUCUCCCUCCUCUGCCUCUUUACCUCCUUCCCCUGUCAAAACAAUUAUAUUGACAGCCCAUUGAAUUUUCUUUAACAAAGUCCCACGUCUAAGAUUGAAAGAGGAAAGAAAAGUCUUUGAUGUUUGACGAAACCAGAGAAGGCAAGUCGUUGAUCCAUCCACGUAUCCUACUUGUGCUCGAGAAAUUCAAUAUUGUGCAUGCAAACAAGAAUGUAACGACAACUAUAGAAGACUAGCUCAGCUGAUUGAAAUCAUUGGACGUUUUGGUCUCCUUGUGAAAGUUUUAGGCAAAUAAGCUUCAAUACGAAAAAAAUCAGAAAAGAAAACAAAAACUACUUUCUUUUACAUUUCCACGCAAUUUCUCAGAAAAAUAUGCAUGUCUUUUUUUUUGGUAACUGGAAAAUAUCAUGCAUCUCAAUGAUAAAAGGAGACCGACAACCAUACGCCUACCUACCAGACACAUGAACACAUGACGAAGAUGUGGUAGCACUGAAACAAUAGAAAGCUUUUUUUUUUUCUUUUGUGGACAAAAAAAUAGAAAGCUUAUGCCUGAAUUAUUCUAUGUUGUUGACCAACAUAAUUUUAAUAUUUUGUUUUAAAAUAAAAUUUUUUUUUUAAAAAAAAAGCAAAAGAAAGCUUUACAAAAGAAGAAAGCAGUAAACACCUUUACAAACCAAUAACCAUCCUUUGAAUCAUCAUCUUAAUUACCCCUUGAUCUUUUACUGCUCUUGCCAUUAUCAAGAACCCAAUUAGCAGCAAACACCUUUCCAAACAAUAACCAUGAAGAAACUCCUCCUCCCUCCUCUGCCUCUCUACCUCCUGCCCCUCUUUCUGCAAAUUGGCAGCCUAAUCUCUGCACCUAUCUACACUCCGGUCGAAGACAUCACUAUCAACUGUGGCUCUUCCGAAACCUUAUCCAACAUAUAUGACAAGCGAAAUUGGGUUGGAGAUAUCAAAUCAAAAUUUUCCCCCUCUGAAUUACACCAAGCUGACACCAACACCUCCUCCGAAGUCAGAAAAGCUCCUCCCUCCUCCUCUGUUAGCCAAGUGCCCUACACCACAGCUAGGCUUUCUCGCUUCGAAUUUUCUUACAAAAUUUCCCUCUCCACCGGGCAGAAGUUUAUUCGCUUCUACUUCUACCCAGUUUCAUAUGACCCCGGCUUCGACCGGUCCAAAGCCCUCUUCUCUGUUCAAGCAGGUGGCUUUACCCUUCUCCAUGAUUUCAAUGCUUCUGUAACUGCUGAUGCUAGUGAGACUGAGACGCUAAUAAGAGAGUUCUGUUUGAAUAUUGAUGAAGGACAGAGCUUGACCAUCACGUUCACUCCGAGCAGAGCAAUCCCAGAUGCUUAUGCCUUCGUCAAUGGGAUUGAGAUUGUGUCCAUGCCCACCAAUCUUUACUACACUGCAUCCGAAAGCCAUGGAGUUGAUUAUGUAGGCAACGAAGCCAAUUAUCGCAUCGAAAACAUCACGGCGAUGGAGAUGGUGUACCGAAUAAACGUCGGUGGAAGUGCACUCUCUUUCGACCAAGACACUGGGAUGUACCGCAAUUGGGACAGUGUAGUAGACGAGCAAAAGUACUUGGAUGAUUUGAGUUCCAGGUGGACUGUUCUUCCACAAAACGUUAGCCUUCAACUCAACUUUGUGAAAAUACCAGAGUACUGUGCUCCACAAGUAGUUUACCGAACGGGCCGGUCCAUGGGCAGCAACCACACCCGAAACAAGAGCUACAAAUUGACCUGGGAAUUUCCCGUAGAUCCCAUGUUUCUUUACCUGCUAAGGCUUCAUUUCUGUGAGUUUGAGCCUGAAAUUAUGGACCCCGGGGACCGAUCGUUUCUAAUCUAUGUGGAGAACCAACUUGCUGAGCCACAAGCCGACUUAAUCGUGUGGAGUGGUGGAAAUGGGAUACCAAUCUACAGGGAUUACGUCGUGUUCAUGCCUGCAGGCCCUGAUCAGAAGAAAGUUAAGCUCUUUCUUGCACUGCAAGCAAACCCAAGAGAUUGGAUGACUAAAUACAAUGAUGUACUCUUGAACGGCCUUGAACUCUUCAAACUCAAUGAUACAAAUGGAAAUCUUGCCGGACCAAACCCCGACCCACGUCCAUACAUUCCGGUCAAUGCUAUCACCGUUCAAUGCGGCUAUUCUGGCCAGCUGGUCACUCUGGAUGACGGCCGAAAUUGGACUGGAGACAUAAAUUCAGAGUUUUCACCCGUUGAAGUACACCAAGCUGCAAGUUACACAUCCCUCGUAAGAGACGCACCUCCGUCGUCCUCCUUUGCCAGCAGAGCUGUGCCGUACAACAGAUCGCGGCUGUCUCGCUCUGAAUUUACAUACACAUUUAACCUCACCACUGGCCAAAAGUUCAUUCGUCUGUAUUUCUACCCUGUUUCAUAUGGUGUCGACUUCCACCGCUCCAAUGCAGUCUUCUCCGUCAAAGCUGGUGGCUUUACCCUUCUCCACAACUUCAACACUUCUCUCACUGCCGAUGCUUCUGGGAUGGAGACGAUAUACAGAGAAUUCUGUGUAAGCAUUGAGGAGGGAGAAAAGAGUUUGAACAUCACAUUCACUCCAAGCCGGGCAAGCCGAGAUGCGCAUGCCUUUAUCAACGGCAUUGAAAUUGUAUCCAUGCCUAGGAAUCUUUACUACACUCCACCGUACAGCGACGGGGUUGCGUUUGUUGGCAACCAAAUCAACUUCCGCAUUGAAAACACGAUUGUUCUAGAGAUGGUCUACCGAUUGAAUGUCGGGGGAGUCUUAAUUCUUCCCAAGAAAGAUACUGGCAUGUACCGCAAAUGGGAUAGUGAUGAUGAGGAGAAAAGGUACUUGGACACUUCAAGUUUAAGUUUGAGCCGCCUUCUGCAACAAAAUACUAGUAUAGAACUCCACUUUAACACAAUUGCAAAGUACACUGCGCCAAAAGAAGUUUACCAAACCGGUCGGUCAAUGGGUGAGGACGCCAACAUAAACAAGAGCUUUAAUCUCAUCUGGCAAUUUCCUGUAGAUUCCGAGUUUUCAUACCUGGUUAGGCUUCAUUUUUGUGAGUUUCAACCAAAAAUCACCAAGGUUAGAGACCGAAUUUUUACAAUCCAAAUGGUCAAUCUAACCGCAGGACAAGGAGCCGACAUAAUUGAAUGGAGUGGUGGAAAUGAGAGCCCAGUGUACAAAGACUAUUUGGUCUCCAUGCCUACCGACCCUGGUGGAACCCGGAAGAAAGUUAACCUCUCUCUCGCACUGCAAGCAAAUCCAAAUGCUGGAAUCUUGAAUGGGCUCGAAAUCUUCAAGCUAAGUGACUUAAAUGGCAAUUUUGCUGGACCCACCGAUUUGACGCCGUCAAGUUCAGUAAAACACAACACCAAGUCCAAUCGUAUACUUGCCAUUGCUGCCGGUGUAGCUUCCGGCCUACUUGUGUUCUCUGUCCUGUUUGGAUUCCUGAUUUUCAGGCGACGACUGAAAGCCAAGUCCUUUGUCUCCUCCAUCCACGGGCCAACCAAGUCAACAGAGACUCGCGGGUCAUCUUUACCUCCUUAUUUAUGUCGUUACUUUCCACUGGCUGAGAUCAAAGCCGCCACCCAAAACUUCAAUGAUAGUUUCAUCAUUGGAGUUGGCGGGUUUGGGAACGUGUACAAAGGCUAUAUCGACGAUGGUGGGCCAACCCCUGUAGCUAUCAAACGGCUGAAACCCGAGUCAUCACAGGGAGCCCAUGAGUUCAAGACGGAAAUCGAGUUGCUGUCCCAGCUCCGCCACCGCCAUUUAGUGUCUCUCAUUGGAUAUUGUACAGACGACAAUGAGAUGAUCUUGGUGUACGAUUACAUGGCACGUGGGACCCUCGCCGACCAUCUCUACCACAAGGAUAACCCGCCUCUUUCUUGGGAGCAACGGCUUCAAAUUUGUAUUGGCGCGGCACGAGGGUUGAGCUACCUUCAUACCGGUGCCAAGGGCACCAUCAUCCACCGGGACGUGAAGAGCACAAACAUUUUAUUAGAUGAGAAAUGGGUGGCCAAAGUAUCGGACUUUGGAUUGUCAAAAAUGGGCACUACCAACACGUCCAAGACUCACAUUAGUACAAUGGUGGAAGGUAGUUUCGGAUAUUUGGACCCGGAAUACUACCGACGUCAACGGCUAACCGAGAAGUCGGACGUUUAUUCGUUUGGUGUAGUAUUGUGUGAAGUACUGUGUGUAAGGCCGGCUGUGAUGCAUACGGUGGAGCUGAGGCAAAUGAACUUGGCUGAGUGGGCCAGGAAUUGUCAUCGCGACGGGGAACUUGAUCAAAUUAUUGAUCCAAGCAUAAGGGGUAAGAUUGAAAUUCAGUGUCUGAAUCAGUUUGUUGAGAUUGCAAUGAGUUGCAUGAAUGAUAGUGGAAUUGAACGGCCGUCAAUGAAUGAUGUUGUGAGGGCGCUUGAGCUUGCAUUGCAGCUCCACCGCAACUGCAUUGAAAGGAACAAUGAGGUUGCCUUCGUCAAUGAUAGUGCCGAUGCCGAACUUAGAAGUUCCAAGCCAGGUUGCGCUACAGAUGAAUCCAUCCAAUGUAUAUCUGAGACGAUCUUUUCUGAGAUUAAUGAUCCAAAUGGGAGAUAAUGGACAUCAUUUUGAAUUACCCAAAAAAAAUGUAUUUGUAUUUGAAACCAAUAAUAUUGAAUGCAAAUAAAUUACUUGGAGUAACAGCAUGCUCAAUUUUUUACAUGCAAGUCUCGGGGGAAUAUCAAAAUAGGAGAUCCAAAGUUGGUGAAUUUUAAAUGUUAUUCUGUACAUGUAAUGUUUUUCUAUGAACGACGUGGAGGUGGAACUGCUGCUGCUGCUGCUGGCAAAGACAAAUUGUUGUGAGGACUUCUGUUAUUAUUUGUGAGUUUAAACUCGUUUUCUUUGGCUUUGCAUUAAACUCAGACGGCAUGACGGUAUGAUAUGUCAUUUUCAAUAUAUUUUUUUUUGUUUUAAGUGAAAAAGCAAUUAUAUUGUUAGCCAUUGAAUUUAUUUUAACAAAAUCAGAC